AUGGACAAGGCGGCCAGCCCCGGGGCGGGCGCCGGCGAAGGGGCGGGCAGCGGCGGCAGCAGCCGCAGCAGCAGCCGCGCCACCUCGGCCGGCUCGUCGCCGUCGGGCUCAUGGGCGGCCCGUGGGGCCGGGGGCCGCCGGCCGGAAGGGGGGAGCCACAGCAGCCCCGGCUCGGUGGCCGCCAGCCCGUGCGGGGCGGGCGGCCGGCGGGGCAGCGGCGGCCGGAGGCGGGAGCCGGCCCUCGAGGGCGUGCUCAGCAAGUACACCAACCUCCUCCAGGGCUGGCAGAACAGGUACUUCAUGCUGGAUUUCGAGUCCGGGAUUCUGCAGUAUUUUGUGAAUGAACAGAGUAAGAGCCAGAAGCCUCGAGGUGCCCUGUCUUUAGCCGGAGCCAUAGUGUCCCUGAGUGACGAAGCCCCCCACAUGUUGGUAGUGUACUCUGCUAAUGGAGAGGUGUACAAAUUGAGAGCUGCUGAUGCUAAAGAAAAGCAGUGUUGGGUGACUCAGCUCCAGAACUGUGCCAAGUACCACAUGGAAACUAAUUCUAAGAGCCCUCCAAGCUCACGGAGCCGAAGCCUGACCUUGCUCCCCCACGGAACAUCUAAUUCGUCAUCCCCCAGUAGCCAGAGACAUCUCGCCCCCGUGCCCCCCACCGUGGUCACCGUCACCCACCACAAGUCACCUGCUGCCGCCCGAAGAUCAAAGAGUCAGUAUUCUGCCCAGCUUCAUGACGUCCGAGAGAUGAUGAACCAGGUGGAAGGGCAGCAGAAAACCCUCGUCCGAGCCAUAGAGGCCUUGCCAGGCUCGGGCCCCCUCACGGCCUUAGAUCAGGACCUGCUGCUGCUCAAAGCUACCUCGGCCGCCACCCUCAGCUGCCUCGGAGAGUGCCUGAGCCUGUUACAACAGAGCAUACACCAGGUGGGCCAAUAUAGCCACAGGACAGGGCCUUCAGAAAACCUUGGAUGGCAUAGGCCCAAGUCACAUUCCAUAGACCAACUGAAAAACGGGGCAGUGGGCUUGUUGCCACCGUCCAGCGCCAGCGUCACGUGGGUGACCUUACCCAACUCCACUAGAAGCAAAGAUGGGCCGUCCAAGCCAGAGUCCAAGGGCGAAGGAGAAAAGGAAAUCUCAUCCACGUCCUCCCAGCACUGGAGUGAGCAUCAGUUACCUCCUGCCCUCACAUCGACUUCUGAGCACCAAAUCAUACCUUCUCCGUCGGUGAUUGAGCAAGAACCGAAAAUUGAGAGUACCUCGAGCGAUCAGCAAUUGAGUCCACAGGUGCUGGAAGGUACCUCAGAAGCCAGCUUCUCCAACCCCCUUAUUCUCCAGGCUUCAGCUUCCCAAGAAAUCAGAAGCGACGAGGAGGAGACCGAUAAUGAGGAGAGCGGGGACGAUUCAUCGGGGGAGUCGGAGGAGCACCGCAGCGUCGUCCUCCACCUGAUCUCGCAGCUCAGAUUCGGAAUGGACCUCACCAAAGUCGCGCUCCCCACCUUCAUCUUGGAGAGGAGGUCCCUCCUGGAGAUGUACGCCAACUUCAUGGCGCACCCAGACCUGCUCCUGUCCAUCGGCUCUGGGGCCACACCCGAGGAAAGAGCCAUCUCCUUUGUCGAGUACUACCUGACAUCCUUCCGUGAGGGCCGCAAGGGCUCGGUGGCCAAGAAGCCCUAUAACCCCAUCCUGGGCGAGACCUUCCACUGCUCCUGGCACAUCCCCAAGGACCAGGUCAAGCCCUUGCCCAGAGAGAGGAGCGAGGCCGAGGCUCGCUCUGACUCGGACCACGAGCACUCCCCGCUGGAGCGCUAUAAGCUGAGGUUCGUGGCCGAGCAGGUGUCCCACCACCCCCCGGUGUCGUGUUUCUACUGCGAGUGCAAGGAGAGAGGGAUGUUUGUGAACACCCACGUGUGGACCAAGAGCAAGUUCAUGGGCAUGUCUGUGGGGGUGUCCUUGGUCGGGGAAGGCAUUCUGCGGCUUUUGGACUACGAGGAAGACUAUGUGUUCACGCUGCCUAAUGCUUACGCCCGCUCUAUUCUGACCAUCCCCUGGGUGGAGCUUGGUGGAAAAGUCACCAUGGAUUGCAACAAGACUGGAUACACUGCUCUUGUCACCUUCCACACGAAGCCUUUCUACGGAGGGAAAGUUCACAGAGUCACGGCGGAAGUGAGGCACAAACCCACCAACACCCUCGUGUGCAAGGCCCAAGGAGAAUGGAACGGGGUCUUGGAAUUCACCUACAGCAACGGAGAAACCAAGCUGAUCGACACAGCCACGCUGCCUGUCUACCCAAAGAAGGUCCGACCCAUUCACAAACAAAAUCCCAUGGAGUCCAGGAACCUCUGGCGGGAGGUCACCAACGCCAUAAAGCUGCGUGACAUGACCUCGGCCACGGAAUUCAAGCGGAGCCUGGAGGACAAGCAGCGCAAGGAGGAACAGGAACGGGCUGCCCUCAAAACGGAGUGGCAGCCAAAGUAUUUUAGGAAGGAGGGCGAAGGCUGGAUGUAUACAGAACCUCUGUUGAAAGUCCAAUGAUGAGGAUAAAAUGCAGUGUCCUCCCAAAAUAGACCUGUCUUUUUAUAGGCAUUAAAACGGUGCCAUAUAUGAGGUUCAGGUGGUAUUGGCUAAGUCCUCUUAGGUAUGCAGAGGGGGGAGGGGGCUGUGGGGUUUCUUCCCUUUUGUUUGAUUUUUUUUUUUAAAGAAGAGAAGUCGUGUGGUGUGAGUGAUGCCCCUCCCAUCUAUUUUGGGGUCCUCAGGAGCCAAUUGGGAUAUACUCAUGCAUGUGUAGAUGAGAGAGAGUGUGUGUGUGCUCGCGCGUGUGUGUGAGCUAUUCAUGGUUUAUUUUCAUACACACACAUGCACCAUGUAUGGGUGUAGACUGGGCAUUAUUAUUAUUACACAUGUAAAUAGGAUGUGUAUGUAUCGUCAAUAACUAGCUUGAUCAUUACAAGUACUUUUUUAUGAAUGAGGGUCAAACUUCUCUAUUUUUCAUUUUGCUAAAAACUUUUUUGCACUUAAAAUGGGAUUUCUUUCCCAAAUGACGGUGAAUUGAGUCUGUCCCCCUGAAUCAUGUCACAUCCAUUUGGUCCACAGAGCAUCUCAUCCUUUUUUUGGGAGGGGUGUUGGAACUUGGGGCUGGGGCUGGUGGUGGUCUGUGGCUCCCGUAUUUCCAAAUUGCUCACUUCCUGCCAUACUGAGUAUGCAACACCCUCCCCUGCCCCUCACUGGUCUUGGCCAUUGGGUUCCUGGGAUGACCUUCAAAGACUGUUUUCCAUGAGGUAUGAUCAUUUGUCAGCCCGGUGGAAAGAAGGGUCCUUGAGUAAUAAGCAAGGUCUGCUAGUGGAGGGAGGGACAUGGGGGAAAGGGUGUGCCUAGGCCCUUUAGGAUGAGGGUCAAGUGGGGGCCUCGAGCCCACUUCCUUUGCUGAUGACUGCCAUUCUCUACUGCUCGUUUGAUUUUUUCCAUUUUUCUCUUGAUAGAGAGAAACUGAGUCUUACCUUUCUUAGAUGCUGCUAUUUUUACAGUGGAAACAACCAUUUGGAAACAACUACUUUUGUGGUUUUUAAAAAAGGGCUUUCUAAGACACACACCAGUGGCCGAGGUUUUUUGUUUUAAAGGAU